UUGUGAUGCUCCGGCUCACACACACACACUCGCACACACACUCACUUUACCCAGCGCCAACAGCCAAAGAAACUAAUGCUGCCCUCUUUACCAGCGUUUGAGUUUUUAAAACUAUGCCUUGAUGCGACUUAGUUACCCUGCUGGAGUUCGGAAAGUGGGAGAAGUGAAAAGGGAAAGUUGGGAAGUAAUCGGUGAAGUUUUUCGCUAUUCCCGUGCAGGAGCGCAUCGAGCCAUAAUGGCGAGUCGUGCGCGGACAGGAUCUCGAUUCUCUCUCGCGGCGUGGAGCACACACUCCCGAUCAUACUGGAAUAACCUGGAGAUUUCAAAGUGGAGCCUUGUCGCCCUGUUGCUGGUUGUUUGUGGUGGAUUUUGUGGUGCGGAUAGUGAGUUUUCGAUCCUGGAAGAGGCUCAAGUUUUGGCAGUGAAGAUGAAGAAGCUGUCUACUCAGGAGCUGGGUGUUCUCACAAUGCAGAGAAUCUUCAACUCCUUUAUGUACACGGAGAAGACUUCAAAUGGUGAAACAGAGGUGCAGCAGCUAGCAAAAAAGAUCCGUGAGAAGUUUAACCGGUACCUGGAUGUGGUGAACAGGAACAAGCAGGUGGUGGAAGCCUCUUACACGGCCCAUCUCACCUCCCCUCUCACAGCCAUCCAGGACUGCUGCACCAUCCCCCCCUCCAUGAUGGAGUUUGAUGGUAAUUUUAAUGCCAAUGUUUCGAAGACCAUCAGCUGUGAUCGUCUCUCCGCUACCGUCAAUAGCCGAGCUUUCAACCCAGGACGAGACCUCAACUCUGGUGUGCCUGUGUAUGUUUCGGCAGUAAGGCCGCAGUCGAAACAUAUUGUAGUGAUCAUAGACCAUGGUGCCUCAGUCACUGAGACCCAACUCCAGAUCGCCCGCGACGCUGCGCUAAUCAUCCUCAACUCCAUCGAUGAACAUGAUAAAAUCUCAGUGUUGACCAUAGCAGAUACUGUUCGUUCCUGCUCUCUGGAUCAGUGCUACAAGAGCUUCCUCUCACCUGCUACCAGCGAGACAAAGAGGAAGAUGAGCACCUUCAUCAACAACAUUAAAGUGUCUGACAGCUCUACCCAGCAUGCACUGGGCUUCCAGAAAGCCUUUCAGUUGUUGAGGAACACAAGCAACGUCACUAGACAGCCGACUAACACGGACAUGGUGAUAAUCUACCUGUCAUCAGGCGUCACCUCCCGAGACUCAUCCGAGCACGAAAAGAGAGCAACCCUGAGCGUGGUCAAAGAGGAGAACCGCCACCUCAACAACUCUGUCAUGAUCCUCACCUACGCUCUCAUGAACGAAGGAGUAACGGGACUCAAGGAGCUGGCCUUCUUGCGAGACCUGGCCGAGCAGAACUCUCUUAAGUAUGGCGUUCCGGAUCGUUCUGCCCUGCCCGUCGUGAAGGGCAGUAUGAUGGUUUUGAACCAGCUCAGUAACCUGGAGACCACCGUGGGCCGCUUCUACAUCAACCUCCCCAAUCGAAUGAUCGACGUGGCCUCCUUCAGCUUGCCUUAUGCGGACCAGAUGGGAGACGGUUUCAUCAUGACCGUCAGCCGGCCAUGCUACUUUGGGAACUUGUUGCUGGGUGUAGUUGGAGUGGAUGUGAAUCUGGCAUACAUACUGGAGGACGUGACCUACUACCAGGACUCCCUGGCCUCAUAUACAUUCCUCAUAGACAAUAAAGGCUACACCCUCAUGCAUCCGUCACUCACCCGUCCUUACCUGAUGACUGAAGCUCCCCUCCAUACAGACAUCAUCCACUAUGAGAACAUCCCGGGGUUUGCUGCUGUUCGUCAAAACAUCCUCAGUCUGCCUCUGGGGAGCCAGGUCAUUGCUGUGCCUGUCAACUCUUCUCUGUCUUGGCACAUGAACCGCCUACGUGAUCCCAGUCGAGAUGCCUACAAUGUCAGCUACGCUUGGAAAUUGGUUCAGGACACUUCGUUUAUCUUGUGUAUAGUUUACGUUCAGCCGGAGAUCCCGGUGAAGCAACUGAAAAAUAUGAACACGGCCCCUAGCAGCAAACUCCUGUACCACCGCCUGGAUCUGCUGGGGCAGCCCAGCUCCUGCCUCCACUUUAAACAGCUCGCUACAGUCGAGAGUCCCACAGUGAUGUUGUCUGCUGGUAGUUUCUCCUCUCCAUAUGAGCACUUGAGUCAGCCAGAGACCAAGCGCAUGGUGGAGCACUACACAGCUUACCUGAGUGACAACACCCGGCUCAUAGCCAACCCAGGCCUGAAGUCUUCUGUGAGAAAUGAGGUGAUGGCCACCAGUCACGUGACAGAUGAAUGGAUGAGUCUUAUGGAGAUGAGCAGCCUCAACUGCUACAUUGUGAGGCGUUACAUAGCAACGCCCAAUGGGGUGCUGCGGAUUUACCCCGGUUCGCUCAUGGACAAAGCCUUCGAUCCCAACAGGAGGCAAUGGUACCUACAUGCUGUAGCCAAUCCUGGUCUCAUCACUUUUACUGGACCCUACCUGGAUGUUGGUGGGGCGGGUUAUGUGGUCACCAUUAGCCACACUAUCCACGCCUCUAGUUCCCAAAAGGCCUCCGGUUACACAGUAGCGGUUAUGGGCAUUGACUUCACUCUGCGCUACUUCUACAAAGUUCUGUUGGAUCUUCUGCCCAUCUGUAACCAGGACAAGGGCAACAAAAUCCGGUGUUUUAUCAUGGAGGACAGAGGCUAUCUGGUGGCCCAUCCGACUCUGAUUGACCCGAAGGGCCACGCUCCAGCAGAACAGCAACAUAUUACUCAUAAGGAGCCUCUAGUGGCCAAUGACAUUCUCAACCAUCCCAACUUUGUGAAGAAGAACCUGUGUAAUAGUUUCAGUGAUCGUACUGUGCAGCGCUUCUACAAGUUCAACACCAGCAUUGUGGGUGAUCUGACAAACCUUGUGCAUGGCAGUCACUGCUCAAAGUACCGGCUCACUCGUAUCCCAGGAACCAAUGCGUUUGCUGGUAUUGUGAAUGAGACCUGUGAUUCACUGGCCUUCUGUGCUUGCAGUACUGUGGAUCGUCUCUGUCUUAACUGCCACAGAAUGGAGCAGAAUGAAUGUGAGUGCCCCUGUGAAUGCCCUCUAGAGGUGAAUGAAUGUACUGGCAACCUCACCAACGCUGAGAACAGAAACCCGAGCUGCGACGUGCACCAGGAGCCUUUGUCUUUGACUGUAAUUGAGCCUAGUCUACAGGACACUCUGCCUCAGUGUAUCAACACCAGAUGCAGCCAGCGCUUCACCAGCAGUGACUGUUUUGGUGUUCUGGACUGUGAGUGGUGUACGGUGGACAGUGACGGAAAGACCCAUCUGGAUAAGCCUUACUGUGCCCUACAGAAGGAAUGUUUUGGAGGGAUAGUGGGUGCCAAGAGUCCCUAUGUGGAUGGACUGGGCAUUUUAGAUGAGGAGUUGGCGUCGCUGAACAUGAUCAAGAGUGCGCCCGUGGGGCCAGUGGCAGGAGGGAUUAUGGGAUGCAUCAUGGUACUGGUGUUGGCUGUGUAUGCCUACAGGCACCAGAUCCACCGUCGCAGGCAUCAGCACAUGUCCCCGCUGGCCGCACAGGAGAUGUCUGUCAGGAUGUCCAACCUGGACAACGAGCGAGAUGACAGAGAUGAAGACAGUCACGAAGACAGAGGAAUAAUUAGUAACACUCGAUUCAUUGCUGCUGUUAUUGAGAGGCACACACACAGCCCAGAACGACGACGGAGAUACUGGGGGCGGUCUGGGACCGAAAGUGACCAUGGUUACAGCACCAUGAGCCCUCAGGAGGACAGCGAGAACCCGCCCUGCAACAAUGAUCCUCUCUCUGCGGGCGUUGAUGUGGGCAAUCACGACGAGGACCUCGACCUGGACACGCCUCCACAGACAGCUGCUCUUCUCAGCCACAAGUUCCACCCCUAUCGGCACCCCCACACACACCACCCCCUGCACUUGCACACGCAUCAUCUCCAGGGCGCCGUCACCGUGCACAGUGUGGAUGCCGAGUGCUGAUCCUGCCCACCCCUGACCCCAAACCAACCGCCAACCCUGCCUUUGAUGCCACUUCUAACUUCAGCCACCACCUCCAUUCAGGCCCUGCAUCCUCCAAAACCAAGGAGAGAACCUUAACUCCCAACUCUCCCUAGGCAUCUGCUGAUGGCGGUCAGAGGUGUUGUGUGCUUGUCGACCAUGGGGGCGAACAUUUGACCUCUGUAGAGGUCAUUAAGGAGUGCAUUUGGCAGGUUCAUACAAUACAAAGCUCCUUAUGUUUUUUUUUCUCCAAGAAACAAUGAAGAUGAAAGGAUUAUUUUUCUACUAUUUAUUUAACAGGAGUGGAGAUGGAGAUAAUGAUUGGGGAAAAAAGGAAAUUAACUGACUGACUGAAUUUGUCAGCUUUCUAUUAGGCCUAUAGAGCCCAUUUUAGGACCUGGCCCAGGUUUUCUCCUCGACUAGACUGCGAAGCAGCCUUGAAGGAUUCGAUUCAUGGCACAGUUGAGUCAUCCGCAUGCCAUGAGAAUUUCUUGUGGGGAGAGUAAACAACACAUUUCAAGGAACGAUAGACACAAAUGCCUGCGCUGCACAUCAAUGAGAUGUGAAAAUGUGGCGUAUUCUGAGGAGCUGUCACUCACUGGUUUGUUUUUUUUGACGGUGUGAGAUGAUGGUGAAUCUCAAGACACUGUGCAAUGUGACCAAGGUGUUCUGGGCCACAAAUCCAGUGCGGGAUAUUUGAAAUAUUUUAAAGAUGACUGGGAGAGAGACUGUGCUCAGUUCUGCCACUGUGUGUAUAAGCUCUCGUUGUAUUUCUGUCUGCCCGAUUAUUUUACAUUUGGUGUACGAGAGAGAGAGAGAGAGAAACCGAUUGUGCAUGUGUUGGUGCUUGUGUACAUAAAUGUGUGUGAAUGUGGUGGAUGUGUGAUGGCGCAGAUGGAUUGUCUCCAAUAAUGUUGUCAUUUUUUUUUAAGUCAUUAGUCAGUAUUGAUGGAAUGCCAUAAAAUUUUUCAGAUCCUUCUAAACCCAUGUGCACUUUUACUCAACUGCUUGUCUACUGAUAUGUAGACAAUGUGCUCCUAUGAUUUUAGAGGGAUUGUGUCUAUUGUUUUCAGAAUGAAAUGAUAUACCGUGUAUAUACAUCUAAAGUUGAACGAAGUAGCUAUAAAUGUGUCAUACACUACAAACCUUUUAUCCUCGUCAGAAGUGUUUUAUUUUGUCAGUGAUUAUUGAGUUUUUCUGCAUAUGCUCUUAAAUUACAUUGAAAUUUGGGUGGGGGGGGGGAAGCUAAUGAAUAGUUUGAUUAUGGUUUUAAUUUAUCUGUGAUAAGAAAUCAUGCCCAAAAUCAUGAGUCACGUGAUCUUAAAUGAUCUAACACAUGAGCAAAACAACUUUUCACACAUUAUGAUACAGAAGUCUGGUACAUUAGUUCUGUCCAGGCAUGUCCCUGUGAAAUUUCAGCCUCAAUCUGUUACAGUGACAGUUUUAAGCAAGUAUACCUUAGAGACUGCUGAAUCACAUCUAUGAAUCAUAUUUUAUGUGCUUAAAGUUCAGUCCCUGUGCAGCUAUCAUUCUUAUUUUGGUCAUAUAACACUUUAAAGUUGAUAUUCAGAUCUAUUGCAGGGUGAAUGUGAUAAAUUGUUCCACUUUGUGACUGCGAUCAGUCUGGUCAUUAUAUGGGAUCUGCUGUGAUUCCAACAUAAGCGAUAAUUGCACAGAAUUUGGUAUUUGUGUUUAUACAUGCAUUUAACAUCAUAUAAAAAUAUUUAAUAUUUUUGUGCAUUAAAAUGUUUUACAGAACAAGUCAUUUCAAUACUUAGAGAUUUGAGAGUCAGCUCAUAAUUCACCCACCCCAAGAGGAUUGUGGGCUAGUUGUCACACUUUUUACUCCAGUGAAUAUUUUUCUGGGUGGGGAUACUGAAUAAAUUAACUUCUGUGAAGGCACAUGCCUUGAAGCCUUGGACACUGAACAUUUCCAAUGUUAUUGCCAAAGUAUAAAGAUAAGAGUUGAAUAAACACGUUGAAUUUUGCCCAUUAUAUGGUGUAAGGGGAAAUCUGUCUAUUAAAGGCUUUUCAGCUAAAAUAAAAUGUUUUGAGCUAGUUUCAAACCAACUGUAUGUGUGUAACUUGACUUUUGACCUUAUAGUUACUGAAAAAUAUCCCAAAUUUUACCUUCCCCGUGUGAGCCCCGAUGUCUUCUAAAUAUUAGUAGUCAAUUAGUUAACGACAUUACGACUUUCUCUCAUGCCAUUAUUUCUCUAUGGUAUAUUUCUUUUAAGUAUAU